AUGAAAUCAAAGAGUAGCAUAAAAAUAAAAAAAAAAAUAAAAAAAAUAAUUCAAAUCAUCAUAAUUGAAGAAUAUGAACUCAGUUCUCCUCACAAUACAAACUAGUAUUUGCUAACGAAGCAUGAAUAAUAAAAAACAAACUUAGAAAAGGAUUGUUAACCUCCUGGAAGUAUGUUACAAUUCCUUUUAGGCCAGGACAAGAACAUUUAAUCACCAUUGGAUGUUAAAUUUUUUCCAUAAAUCUAAAAAGCUUUAAAAAUUACUUGA